UUUUUUUGCAGGCCUGGUUCAUGCUACUGAUUACUCUAAUGCCAGCGCAACAGCAAUAUUUGAUUCCUAUCAGAUGUGCUGGAGUGGAUUUCUUUGCUCACUCCUCUCUAUACCUCUGUCCAUCCUCCCCAGUGUGCAGAACACCAGUCAUAAAUUUGGCACAUGUGAUCCUUCCAUAUUUGGGGUGCCCAUCCCAGUCAUGUCUGUUAUGGCAGACCAACAAGCAGCCAUGUUUGGAGAAUGCUGUUUUGACAUUGGUGAUGUGAAAAUUACUAUGGGCACAGGGACCUUCAUGGACAUCAAUACAGGAAACAAACCACACACGUCUGUAGCUGGCCUUUAUCCGCUGGUGGGCUGGAAGAUUGGUGCUGAUGUUGUGUAUCUGGCUGAAGGUAAUGCUGCUGGAACAGGUGCUGCCAUUAAAUGGGCCCAAGAUCUAGAGCUCUUUUCUGAUGUGAAGGAGACUGAGGCUAUAGCCACUAGUGUGGAAGACUCAGACGGCGUGUAUUUUGUGCCUUCUUUCAGUGGCUUACAGACCCCUCUGAAUGAUCCUAAAGCUUGUGCCUCUUUCAUGGGCUUAAAACCUUCCACAACCAAGAGACAUCUUGUUCGAGCCAUUCUGGAGUCUAUAGCAUUCAGGAACAAGCAGCUCUUUGAAGUCAUGCUUCGAGAAACCCGUAUUCCUAUCACUAAAAUCAGGGCAGAUGGAGGUGUUUGCACCAAUAAUUUCAUCAUGCAACUCACAGCUGAUCUGUUGGGGCGUAAGAUAGAACGUCCAAGCCACUUUGACAUGUCCUGCCUUGGAGCUGCUUUUGUUGCAGGACUAGGAACAGGUUACUGGAGGAACCAAAAAGAGCUGAAGAAGCUUUUAACCACUGACCAACAUUUCCUUCCCCGAAGGAGUAAAGCAGAUUGGGACAAGGGCGGCCCAUACAGAGGUGUACUGCAGAGCUGGGAGAGCGCUCUUCAGCGCUCUAUGCACUGGUACAGCCAGCCCUGAUUGACCAGAAUACAGGUUUCUUCUGUAAACUCCAUGUUCAUGUCAACAGGUUUAGGGCAGUUCUCUCUGUCACUGAGAAGAACAGUAUGAUUUCCAAUCUGGAUUUGGAAACCCGCAUAUCAAAGGUUAGUUACAGUUUUGCCAAAUCACGGGGGAUUUUACAGAUUUACAACUUGUUUGUGUAAAUCCAAAUCACCCAGUUGUGAAUCCAGUGGUAUUAUGAUGAUGAAGCGGCAGGCUGCAGCACAAUUCCUACUCGUAGUAUUAUGAUUUUGCCAAUCAAUAAUUUAGUCAUUAGGCACUAACAAUCAAUCAGUGCCUUAAUCCAACUACUGUUUUUUUUUUAAAUAUGAACAAAUGAAUUUAUUUAACUCGCUAUGUGCCUUAAUGAGGUGCUUUUGUACAAGAGAUCCUCAGUGAGGUGCCUCAGUUACUCAUCUCCCAAAGGAUGACAUCUCACCCUAGAGGAGAAUUGUAAUUAUAUGUAAUUUGUGUUGUUUACAUAGAUGGGAGUAAGUUAAACUUACUGCUCUUUAUUUUUAUCAUACACUGAGUUAACACAUAGUGCAUCCAUUUUAGUGUAUGGUAAUUUAUACAAGCAUUCAUUAAUGCUGUUGUAAUUUUAGUUAAUAUUUUCUAAUUGCAUAUAUAGUCUUGGCAUUAUGUAGGUUAUUUUUUAAUCAAAUGUACCUCAUAAUACAAAAAGAAUGCUGCAAACAUGGAAAACUUGUUACCUGAAGGAUUAUAUUUCCUAAUGUUGUUGUUUUUUUUCUUCAGCUUUAAGCAUCCAACCGGCUAUGCUUGUUUGUAUACAAAACUGCAGUGUCCCAGAUUGUCACUUUAUACUAUCAACAGUGGCUAAUAAUAGCAUACAUUCAACUGUAGUAAAAAUGAGUAACUGUGAAACUGUGUAAUAUCCUAGGCUUUUAUCAGGAUCUUAAAGAGAGAAUAGACAGAGAAUAUUUGUAAAGAUAAAUGUAUUAAUAGAUUGUCAAAGAACUCAUUGUGCCAUGUUUCAUGUCAGUAUGUGAAAUUAGUUGUUUUAAUAAAUUUUCAUUAUGCCA